AUAAAUUCAGUGUGUAAAUGUGUCUCAUAACAAAGAAACUUCAGAAACUUCUUCACCCCCGUUAGACGGUGUGUGUGUGUGUGUGCGUGUGUGUGUGUGUGUGUGUGUGUGUGUGUGUAGGUACGCACGUGUGUGUAAUCUCAGUUGAUGAAACGGAAGCAGAAGUCAAGUUUGUCUUGUUUCCAAAGUAAUCAUUCAACAAACGGCAGAAGGAAAUGUUAAUAUGUUAUAUAUGAUAUAUGUAUAACAUACAGUAUAUAUAGAUAUGUUCAAAUGUUAAUAAAAAUAACAUUUCUAUGGUUUUUAAGUGUAAUAAAAAGUCAAAUAUGAGCAUUCAAACAAGCGUUAAAAGUAGCGCAGCAUAAAUAAACGAAGAGGAAGAUGUUUACGUUUGUGUGACGUGACUCACGCUGACGUUGGCACAUCCCGCGGUUACAGGGUUUCCGUGACGACCUGUGAUGUCAUCGCAGCUUUGCCAAAGUCUACUUAAGCGUGCGCGUCUGAGCCCGACCCUCAUCAGGAGGCUGGAAGAGCACGCUGCGCCACCGCGUUGAUGCUGCUUUAGCCCUGCUGGCGUCGAGGCGGGGCGCUGCCAUGGCCGUCUGGGCAUUGAUGUUGGCGCUGCUCGCUGUCGAGCACGCUCACGGACGAAGACCCGCGCUGCCUGCCAUGUCCGUCAAAGACGGCUGUUUCACGGUGCUGCCAGAGGUGGAGCUGUUCCGCAUGGAGAGCGAGGCUGUGGUCGUGUCUUUCCCCAUGUUCCAGAGGACGCUCAAAGUACGCAACAUAGCCCCGCCCACGGCCACGUACCGCAUCGCCAAGGGCGACGCUAGCGCCGCCGCCUUCUCGGACGACGAGGGGCGUGUCCAACAGCGUGGAACACAGCUGUGGCUCCUCCCGGCUCGGGCGUCUGACUCCGGGGAGUACACGUGCACCUUCAGAAAUGCUAGCUACUGCAUCAGAGGUAGCAUCACGCUGGCGGUGUACACGGCGUCCUCCGUGGACAUCAACAAACUGUCCUAUCAGUACAACGCUACGGCGGGAGAGGACGUCACGCUCAAAUGUCCCUCUUGGAAUCACUUCAGCAACCCAGAGAGACAGACAGAAUGGCAGGCGAACUCCGCUCUCGGCCGCCUCCAAGAAGGCCAAAGAUGGCGCUCUUUCCGCACAGAUGGAGGAAAACUCUUCAUCCCUGCGGUGAAGCCAUCCGACGCCGGCAUCUACACCUGCCGCCUCGGCGUGGUCGUCGAUAACAGGAAGUUCUCCAUCAGCAGGGUCAAUCAGCUCCUCGUGCAAGGUUCUGACCCGGUUCCAACUCGCACAGAGGUGGACCGGACUUCUGAAGUGACCUCUGACCCCUGGCUCAUUAAAAGCAGUGCUGCUCCCACCCUCACGCAUAUGCCGCCGGUGAUCAUCUCCCCAUCCAAUGGAACCAUCUUUGAGGCAGCGCAUGGUUCUGCGCUGGAAGUGCACUGCAAGGUUCUGACCGCAUGCGACUUUGCCAGAACCACCGCCAUCUCGUGGUUGGUCAACGGCCUGACGGUGGAGUCGUCCUACCUGGAUGGACGUGCCCUGCAGGGGGGUCGGAGGGAAAGCAGGAUGGCAUGGGGCUGCCAGGUGGAGGUGAGGCUCAUUGUCAUAGCGAUGAUGGAAGAGGACAAGGAGGCGGAGCUCCGCUGCGUGGCUAACAACCGAGGCGGCCGACAGGAAGUUGUCAUCCACCUUGGGCUGGAGGACUCCAAGUUCACCUGGAUGGUGGUCUCUGCCGUGGCCGCUUCCUGUUUCCUGGCAGUGGUCUCUAUCUUCCUCUACGUUCUUUUAAGGCCCAAACAGCAGAAGAAGAAACUGGACUACUUCCUGGCCCGGCAGAACAGCACCUUCUACAGUACUGAGGACUGAUGAUCUUCUCGUUUAUCUUCUCCAACUGGGCAGUCCGCAACCAGACGAUACUUGCUGUGGUCACUAGAGGGCAGCAUUGUAAGAGGAGACAGUUUCCUCCAUUAUAUUUCAGUGGUUUGGACAAAAAUAAUACUGUACUGUACGUCUAUAAAGCAAAGAUGAUCUGAGGAACCUUCUUGUACUCAUUGAGCAUUAAUUAUUGAUUACAUGGCAAAAUAUAAAAAUAGCACAAUGCUGCUGUUUAUGCUUAAUUCACUUUCUUUAUUUUUGUAUAGCAUGUAAUUUAAUCUAAAUACACAUUUUAGAUUCAAUGUAUUUUGUACAUCCGAUUUACUAAAGUGACACUGAAAGACAUGGUAGUGAGCAAAAAGAGGUGGCUGUACAGAAAACAAAUACAUGAAAUCAGCAUAUUCAAUUUAUUGUAAUUAUUGAAUUCUAAUUCAAUGUAUUAAUCUUCAAAUAAUUGUAAAUGAUUUUAAAUGGGUAUUUUACUCUAUUUUACUGCCUUAUUAAAAUGCUUAAAUCGCUACAUUUCAAAUAACAAACUAAAAUGAAAAAUGGAAAAAAAUGAAAAUUAAAAUGAUAACUCAAAGAAAGAAAUCAUUUGGGGCCAAAAACAUCGGUUAAUACGGUCUAUCACAGCACAUUGUAGUAGUAUGCCCCCUAGCGGCAAAAUAAUGACUCCCUUCAGAACAAUCCAAAAAUGGGAAUUACAGUAUAUUCAUGGUGGAAUUUCAUGGACAAGGCCGACUUCGUGCUAUGUGGCCACCAGAGGGCGCCACGUGGACACGCCGACAUGAAGCAGCAUGGUGGAAUGUAUACAAUGUAAGUGCAUGCGCGCGUGUGUGUGUGUGUGUGUGUCACGGUGAGACGUUCUCCUCCCAGUUGUUGCUCAACACAACCUCCCAGGAGAAGUUACAACAUGUGCUCGACAAGAGUGCUCACUCAAACAGGAAGUCCUCGCCGCGGACGCCACAUGAGCUCACCUAUUAUUUGGCCAACCGUUGACCUGACCAAGCUGUCAUGUGACCCGAGGUGGCCAUCAUCGUCGUCAUCACCUUC